AUGGAAUCCCAGGUUUCAGUGGCGUUUCAAAUAUUUUAUACUGUCGUGCCGUUGAUUAGCAUUAUUGGAAAUUCCUGCAUAGUGUAUGUGACUAUUCGAUCCAGAAAUCUUCGAAGUGCUUGCAACAUCUUUAUUGCGCUAUUAUGCGGAAGCGAUGUUCUACACAUGUUUUCUCAUUAUGUGAUGCUCUCGGUGCAACAUUUCUCAUCGAAUCAACUGAUACCUCGUUUUGUCUGCAUUCGCUUGCAAUUCAUUCCUCUCUUUGGAGGAGCACUUUCUGGAAUACUUAUCUUUAGUGUUGCCGUUGAUAGAUUAUUUUCAUUAUACGACUUUUACUAUGUACUCACGAAGAGUCACAAACGUCUAUACAUUACUUUACAAGUGGGAACGGCCGUUACUUUCGCUACAGCUGCUAUCAUCUGCACAUUUUUCUUGCAAAACUCAGAUGAAGUCAUUUGUGGCAUAAUGGAUGCUAUGCACGGUCAGUUCCAGACACUGUAUUCGACUGCACUUUGCUUACUGAGUUUUUUCACUUUGGUCACGUACGUCAUUUUUCUUGUGAAAGUGAGAAGGAAGUCGAUAGAUCUAAACAUGAAAGGGAUAUACCGCUCCCUCAUUGUGACUAGUUUUGCUAUAGUGUUUUGCACACUCGCCGUUGGGUUCGGCCUUUUUGUCAGCGCCAUCUCGCACACCUAUAGUGACACUAUGGGAUUGAUUGUUGGGAUAUCUAUAAACAUCUCUAUCGCUGCUAAUUUCUUUGUAUACUAUGUCAUCAGUGAGCAGUAUCGAACAGCAAUCAACAAGUAUCUGUACAUCAGCCUCUUGAAGUCCGCUUUAGGUCUAUCUGGUACGAAAGCCAAAGCAUCUGUCGUUACUGCGAUCGCUAAAUAAAUGUUCCCAGAAGUUUUCUUUUCCUUUCAAUAGCCUUUGUUGUUUUUACAACGAUAGCCAUGAUAGGGUUUCUCAGCCUUUCAUAAGCUACUAGAUGGAUACCUUGCCUUGAAUUUGAUGUCAAC